UGAAUAAUAUUUCUAUCAUGAAUGAAUAUCAUGAAUGAAUAAUACUGAUUUCUAUAAUUUUAAUUAGUGUGUACCAGCGCUAGCUUUUUAAUCCAAGAGGUGGCCAUUGCCGAAUAAAAUGCAUAUUUCUAUCUGUACAAUAUUGUAAAGGGCUAAUUCCGCAUCCUUCACCGACGCACUUACCCUGUAUUAUUUGUCUUCGAAGUUAUUUUUUGGUAACGCAGUUUUAAAAUCGACUCGCACUGCGUCUUACCUGCCAUUAGAAAUGAAUAAGAAAUGUAGUUUGAAUUGUGAAUUGGCGUUCGCUGUUGCGCUGUACAAAGCCACUGCUGAUACGUUACCAUCGACUUCCAAUUUGAUCAUUUGCCCGUAUUCCGUCGAAAGCGUUUUGGCAUGCUUCUUACCUGGCACGGAGGGCGAAAUUCAUGCGAACCUGCUGCGACUAUUAUGCCCGAAUGGCCGAUCAGUAAAGAAAUUAUGUGAGACGCUGUUAUCCAAAAAAGCUAACGGUUUUGCCCAAGCGAACGCAGUGUUCUACGACCAGAAUGCAGCAUUGACGGAAGCAUACCGCGAUGCAUUGAAGAGCUGCCAGGAUAUUCACUUUGUCAGCGUAGCUUUCGCAACAGGUCCGCAACAAGCCAUCGAUGCUGUCAACAGCUUUUUGCAUCGUCAUUCGCCAUGGACUGUUCAUGAUGUUUUGCCGCAUUUACAUUCAGACGAAGUUCAGGAAAGCGCUUUAAUUGUGCUAUCGACGAUCAACUUUUCUGGAGCGUGGGACCUUCCGUUUCAGCCGCUCUCCACAUUCAACAGGGUGUUUCAUUGUGCGGAUGGCACCGAACUGUUCAUCCCUUUUCUUAAUUCAGAGGAGCUUGAUGAAUUCCGCUCGUACAAUGUGGAUGCCGAGAAGAACGAGUUAUCUCCACACGAUCCCAAAGUGUUGAUACUGGACAUUCGCGGGAAAAAAUACAGUGUCAUGUUCUUAUUGCCGGAAGACACUCCCGGCAGUCUUGGACAGCUGGAAAGGCGCUUAGCGGCCACUGCCAGUGUGCUGGUAGAGUGGCGGAAGAGAAGCCUCAUUUCCGAAAUUAAGGUGGCAUUGCCGAAAUUUCGGAUUUCCACCAAUACUGAUUUAAUACCGUGUACGAAAGCUUUGGGUCUAACGGAAAUGUACCAACCCUCGAGCAGUAUGUCGAAAAUGUUCGGAAACAGAGCGCGAACAAAGGUUGCUGAUUUUGCGCAAAACACUAUGCUUGAUGUCGACGAACACGGAAUUACGGCAUCAACUGUCACAAUGAUGCGACCAAUGUAUACAUCCAACUUCUCACCCGAGUUUGAAGCAAAUCGGCCCUUUAUGCUGAUCAUCUGGGACAAUAACGCUGACUUUCCUUUGUUCAUCGCAAGAAUUACUAAUCCCAGUCCGACAGUGUCGAAUGACUGACUGACUGAUUGCUCAAUUAACAAAAUAAACGUAGGUUUUUAGAUGAAGUAAUACGUACGUUUAGCAAAAACAAACUGGUUAUGUUAAGCAGUUAAUGACUAUAAAAUUAUUAGUGUUUUGUUGUCUAAUUUACUAUUUUGUAACGUACGUUCGUACGUAUGUAAUUGUACGCACAACACGGUGUACGAUACAAUAAUAUUGCCUUUGUGUUUCUCCUGUUUUUCAGUUCCUGCUAUUCAUAGCAACUUCC